AUGGCUGACCUAGGAUCCAUAGCCGCAUAUCCCUCCCCUCCGGACCGCUACUCCCCGCCGCCCCAGAACCCCUCCAUCUCGUCGCUCUACGAGCGCGCCGCCAUGGCCUCGUCCGUGUCGCCCAGCGUCGGGUCCUCCGGCGCAUACGCUGGGAACGCCUCAGCCGGCGGAGCGGACAAGAGUCCGCUGUCGUCGAUGAACCUCGGCUUCCUCAAGUCGCUCAACGACAAGAGGACGACGAGGGACGGCAACCCGCCGAAGCGCAGAGGACCCAAGCCGGACAGCAAGCCGGCUCUGACCAGGCGACAGGAACUCAACCGGCAGGCACAACGCACGCACCGCGAGCGCAAAGAACUCUACAUCAAGGCCCUCGAAGACGAGGUCCUGCGCCUGAAGGAGAUCUACUCCAACAUCAGCCAGGACAAGGAGCGGCUCGCCGAGGAGAACCGGCAGCUCAAGGCCCUGCUCGCGCAGAACGGCAUGUCCAUGUCCAGCACCGUGCUCGGCGGCUCGUCCAUCCUCGACGACAGCAUCAGCAACCCGGCCUCGGUCGGGUACAACAGCUCCGCGUCCGUCUCGGGCACCCACUCGUACGGCGGCGGCGCCAACGCUGCCUCCAGCCACACCAGCGCGUACACCUCGCCUGGUGCGAUGCAGGGCAUGUCGCCGGGAGGGAUGAGCCAGGGACAGCACAGCCGCGGACAUGGCCACAGCCACUCGCAGAUGGCCGGGCAGCACGCCGGCGGCGGCAGCGCUCCGGGCCCGCAGCGGAAUCCAGGUGUGGAUUAUGAUCAGGCGGGAAUUGAUUUCGUCUUAACUCUCGAGAAACCCUGCAUGGACCACCUGCCGUGGCUGCUCGAAAGAGGCACCGAGACAGGAGGCGCCGAGCCCUGUGGCCACGCCCUGAUGGCCAGCUGUCCCCCGGAGCCGUUCCCUGAGCUGACGACCGACAUCCCCUUCGGCUACGGCAACGUCAAGAGCGGCGAUCUCGACAGCGGCCAGCGCACGUGGGAGCUCAGCAAGGCCGACCUGACCACCCUGCUCGACCUGAGCAAGCGCCUCAACCUCGACGGCGAGAUCACCCCCGUCAUGGCAUGGGGCAUGGUGCUGGCCCACCCCCGGCUAGGAGAGCUGACGACCGCCGACUUUGUGAGGCUGACGGAGGAGCUCGGAAGUAAGAUGCGGUGUUACGGAUUUGGUGCCGUGAUGGAGGAGUUUGAAGUGCGGGACGCACUCGAGAACGUUUUGUCCACUAAGUCCGAACCGCUAUCAGCUAUGGCUUAUUGA